AUGAAUUCCAUGCGGAAGCACUGGAAGACCAUCCACCAGUGGUCCCAGCAGAGCCAUGGUGGCCGCGUGAGCCAGCGGGAGAAGGCGCGCGGGGAGGCCGAGCUGGCGCGGUCGUACACGCGCGUGGCGUGGCAGCAGGUGUUCCCCACGCGCAAGGGGUCCCAUUACAUCCACAUUAGGUACCCAGGCGGCUGCCAGAGCCCGCCACCACCCGCGGAGCAGGCCCAGCAGGCCGUGGAUGCCAUGGUCAUCGCAUGGGAGCGGGCGCGCGCGCAGGAGGCGGAGCGGGCCACCAUCCAGGCGGACGAGGCGGCCGAUGCCAACCCAUAG